UAAAAUUAAGGCCGCGAGAUAACCACUCUUGUUAAAAACCGACCUGCACCUUGCACUAGUGUCACUAGUUUGACAGUUGUCCCAAUUAACACGUCAGAUAAUUCGGACAAUAAAGACCGGCACUUAUCUUAUCAAUUGCUCCUAAUGUAAAACACAGAGCCCCAGAAUGCCUCCAAAAGUGACCACCAAUCUGCUGAAGCAACUGCGAGGGUUGAUGCAAAACCCCCAGUAUGUCAGUGAGACAAUCAACGCGUAUAUCGUCCCCUCAAACGACGCUCACAACAGCGAAUACUUGGCCGAUUGUGACAUGUUUAGGGGCUUCAUUACCGGCUUCACCGGUUCAGCUGGAACUGCCAUAAUAACAGAAAAAGAGGCCCUUUUGUGGACCGACGGCCGCUAUUUCCUCCAAGCGUCGCAACAAUUGGAUUCCAAUUGGACUCUAAUGAAAGAGGGGAUUCCGUCAACCCCGACUCAAGGUGACUGGUUGUGCAAGAAUUUACCCUCAGGAUCACGUGUAGGGGUGGACCCCAACCUCUACACACACCACAUAUGGAUGCCUCUGCAGUCCCGAUUAGCCCAAGCCGGGCAUAAGCUUGUCCCAGUUAACAAAAACCUAGUCGAGGUUUUAUGGACUGACAGGCCCGCAAGACCCACAAAUCCGGUCCGUCCUUUAGGCCUAGAGUUCGCCGGGAAAAGUGUUGGGGACAAAUUGUCCAAAGUCAGGGCCGAUAUGGAGCGAGAAAAGGUCGAUUUUUUAGUUCUGACGGCGCUUGACGAAAUCGCGUGGUUGCUCAAUUUGCGGGGCUCAGAUAUCGAAUACAACCCAGUUUUUUUCUCUUAUGUGGUCGUCCACAAAGACAAGUUUACGGUAUUUUUAGACCCCAAGCAAACAACAGAUGAAGUUAAGCAACAUUUGACGAAAGAAGCGGGAAAUAAUUACGAAAUCAAGCCGUACACCGAAAUCGUGAAUUAUUUGAAACAAAACUGUUCGAAAAUCGACGGCUUUGCGUGGUUUUCCGAGGACGCGAGCUACGCCCUUACGAGUCUUAUCCCCUCUAAGUCGCUCCUGACUGAAGUAACCCCGGUCCCGUUAAUGAAAGCCGUGAAAAACCCCACCGAAAUCAAGGGUAUGCGUAACGCACAUUUGAAAGACGGGGCAGCCCUUUGUUGCUAUUUCUCCUGGUUGGAGAAAAACGUGGCAAAUGGGGGGAUCACCGAAGUGUCGGGGGCGAAAAAGUUGGACGAAUUCCGGGCGCUACAGGCGGAUUUUGUCGGCCCGAGCUUCGCGACUAUAAGUUCGGUGGGUCCCCAUGGGGCUAUCAUUCACUACCACCCGGAGCCCGAAACUGACGUUCCCAUAACCACCGAUACGUUGUAUUUGUGCGACUCUGGGGGCCAGUAUAAGGAUGGCACCACUGAUGUGACUAGGACUUUUCACUUUGGGACUCCCACCGAGUACGAGAAGGAGUGUUUUACCAGGGUUCUGAAGGGGCAAAUUAAGUUGGCGACUUCGAUUUUCCCGUCGAAGAUCAAGGGGAAUUACCUGGAUUCGUUCGCGAGGGAGUUUCUGUGGGAGGUGGGACUGGAUUAUGCCCACGGGACGGGACAUGGGAUCGGUUCGUAUCUCAACGUCCAUGAAGGACCAAUGGGGAUUUCCUGGCGAUUGAUCGCCGAUGAUCCCGGAUUGGAGUCGGGGAUGUUCUUGUCAAACGAACCGGGGUACUACGAGGAUGGGAAAUUCGGGAUUAGGUUGGAGGAUAUCGUCCAGAUCGUUCCUGCAAACCCCCCACAUAAUUUCAAUGAUCGGGGGUUCUUGACCUUUGAGACCAUUACGUUCUGUCCGAAACAAACAAAAUUGAUUUUGGUUGAUUUGUUGACUGAUAAGGAGUUGGCGUAUUUGAAUGCGUAUCACAAGCAGUGUAGGGACUUGUUGGGGCCCAUCUUGGAGAAGCAGGGACAGGUGGAGGCGAAGGAGUGGCUGUGGAGGGAGACGGAGCCGUUGAAGAGGAACUAAGACCAAACAGUAUCGUGCUUGCCAUACUUUAUGAUUUAUUAUUGGAAAAUGUAACAAUGUUCACAAUAAAAUGUUUUUAAAACUA